AUGAUGGAGCGCUACACCAAGCAGGAGAAGGCCGGGCAGGGCACCUACGGCGUGGUGUACAAGUCCUGGGACAACGAGACUAACGAGUUUGUUGCUCUCAAGAAAAUCAAGGUGGAGCUGGAGGAUGACGGCAUCCCCGGAACGGCUCUGCGCGAGAUCUCUCUUCUCAAGGAGCUCGUCCACCCAAACAUCGUCGAGCUCAAGAACUGUGUGCACAGCGAUGCGAAGCUGUGGCUCAUCUUCGAGUGGGUAGACCAGGACCUCAAGAGGUACAUGAACUCCUGCAAGUCCAACCUAGACCCCAUGCUCAUCAAGUCGUACAUGUUCCAGAUGAUGAGGGCUCUUGAGUUCUGCCACGGGCGAGGGAUCAUGCACAGGGAUCUCAAGCCCCAGAACCUGCUGGUUAGCCGCGACGGCACCCUCAAGAUCGCCGACUUUGGCCUGGCCAGGGCCUUCUGCCCCCCCGUGCGCCCCCUCACACACGAGGUGGUUACGAUCUGGUACCGCGCUCCUGAAAUCCUUCUGGGCAGCAAGACCUACGCGCCGCCGCUUGACCUGUGGUCGGUCGGAACCAUCCUUGCGGAGAUGGUGACGAAGACACCCAUGUUCCCGGGUGACUCGGAGAUCGACGAGAUUUAUAAGAUAUUCCGGGUCCUGGGAACACCGACUGAAAGCAGCUGGCCCAACGUCACCGACCUGGACGACUGGAACGUGGGGUUCCCUAAGUGGCCUCGCAUCGGCCUCGCCAGGGAGUACGCCGACCUGGGGGAGAUCGGCAUCAACAUGCUCGAGCAACUGCUGGCGUACGACCCCAAGGCUAGGUUGUCGGCGAAACGAGCGCUGAAGCAUCCCUUCUUCGACGACCUCGACAAGGCCUCGCUCAUGUGACGGAAACAUGGAAACUAACACCCUUGCUCGAAUGUGACUAGAGACACCUUCCUUCGCAUGUGUGCGUUUGGAGCACCUCGUAUAACGUUAGCCAAACACUGCGAGUUCGCUCUGGUAAUGUAUUGUAGUGACGAGGUUUCUCGUGGGGCGUUUGGACAUCCAACAUCAUCAAUCGUAAGAAUCGGGCUAUAGCUAAUAAAUACUCCUUUCCUUGAAGGAAUUACAAUUUGACUUGAAGCGAAUCUCCUCCUCACUGUGAGGUAGCGUGGUCUGUAGACUAGUGAGGUCCGUUCGGAAUCGUCCUGGAAGUGCGCCGUAUCUGUUGCGGUAGGACUCCGCGAUUGUAUGCCUUGCGUGGGUAGCUUGUCCGGCACCACGGGCAGUAAUGCUGCAGUACAUUCCGCGUAUUAAUGUAAUUUCAUGUAUGAAAACCUUCCUUAAAUCUCGGCUUUUCUCCUAGCCCCCGUGAUUUGGCGGCGGGGGACACGAGAGGAAGGGGGGGUGACGCUGUAUGUUUGAGGGCGUACGGGGGGCGCUUGAGCUCUUGGAGAGCAAGAGAGCUCAACUCUGUCGCUGGUCGGCGCGUUGGUACACUAUAUUUUGGUUGAAAUAAGAGAAGGAGCUGUCUUCUUUUUUUGCUUACACGUCUGGCUGCCCACGUCCUGGUUGUAUGGUUGGGGCGGAUGGAGUGUGUUGGCUCGUCUCGACUCGGAGGUGUUCUGCCUCACGACAAUAUCUGUUUGGUCGGGAAAGGUAGCGGUUGCCGUGGGGGAUGCGUUUUUGGAGCUUCAUUGGCUCUUGCUGCAUGGGACAAAGUGCUCUGCUUUGCGCCGAAGUCCCCGUAACAGCAGUAGCUUUGUUCCCCGAGACUUGUUUUGUUGUUUCUCCACUGCCUGACGUUUCUUUUUCUUUUUCUCGUCGCAGUAUGCAUGCGACGAAAGUUAUCUUGGUUGUGUAUGUACCCCCCCGUGAGCAAUCUGCGCAGGUUAGUCUCGUUGGGAAGCGUAUCCUGCUCGUGGGGGCUCGGGGGUGAGUUCAAGCGAUGGGUGUUUCCCGUUGCCUAGAGUCGAGAGUCCGGAUUGUGUUCAAGAAUACCAGGGGCUCCGUCGAGGGCGUCCGCACGUAGGGGGGGGGACCUGUGCUUUCGAUUAAGUCGUUUCAUGUUUUCUCGGGAGAGCGUUAAGUCGAUUCUCCCUUGAUCUACAUUGAAAAUGAGUAAAUAACGUCCAAUAUUCGCUGCCGUG